CCAGUGUUGCGUUGGCGCGAUUCCACUAGGGGGCGCGCUGGUUUGAAUUUUAAGCGCUGGGUACAGAAGACUGGAGAAGAAGAGUUGGCAUUGUAAACAAUAUGGCAGACGAGAGGGGUGGAGGUGAAGACAACAUUAACGACAACAUGGGGAACCAGCUCCAGCUUUUACCUGAGAAUGAAGAAGAGGAGGAGGAAGAUGAUAUGGAGACUGAGGCCCUAGACAGUGACGACGCGGAAAAGCCCAACAUAAUCACCUUUGACCCAAGUCUUCCUACAUCUCAUGCUUACUUGGGCUCAGACAUGGAGGAGUUCCAUGGUCGAACAGUCCACGAUGACGACAGCUGCCAGACCAUCCCUGUGCUGCCUCACACAGCUGUGAUGCUGGUGCCAGGCCAGACGUUACCUCUGCAGCUCUUCAGGCCGCAGGAGGUCAGCAUGAUGAGGAGUGUGAUCCAGAAAGACAGGACCUUCGCUGUGCUCGCACACAGUGAUGCAGGUGAGCCAGAGGCAGAGUUUGGAACAACGGCUGAAAUUUACGCGUACCGAGAGGAGCAGGAGUAUGGCAUUGAAACGGUCAAAGUAAAGGCUGUGGGGAGGCAGAGAUUUAAGGUCCAUGAGAUAAGAACUCAAGCUGACGGCAUCAGACAGGCCAAAGUGCAGAUCCUUCCUGAAUGGAUCCUCCCCGACCCGCUCUCCGCCGUGCUGCUGCCGACCCAGUCCAGGCUCCUCAUGCACCCGUCCUCCAAACCCAGAGCUCAGAGCUGCAAGCAGACUCGGUGCUGGUGGAGUACGUACCGACAGAGGAAGUUUCACUGUGCCAGCCUGACCCCGUGGCCGCCCUGGGUGUACACGCUGUAUGACUCUGAGUCUCUCAUGAACAGAGUGAAGAAACAGCUCCACGAGUGGGACGAGAAUCUGAAGGACGACUCGCUACCGACCAACGCUGUAGACUUCUCCUACCGGGUGGCCGCCUGUCUGCCCAUCGACGAUGCCCUGCGGCUCCAGCUGCUGAAGAUCGGCAGCGCCAUUCAAAGACUUCGCUGUGAACUGGACAUCAUGGACCGGUGCACGUCGCUGUGCUGUAAGCAGUGCCAGGACACAGAAAUCACUACAAAAAAUGAAAUCUUUAGCUUGUCUCUGUACGGCCCCAUGGCUGCAUAUGUGAACCCUCACGGUUACGUCCACGAAACUCUGACUGUGUACAAAGCCAACAACCUAAACCUGGUCGGCAGGCCCUCCACGCUGCACAGCUGGUUUCCAGGGUACGCCUGGACGAUCGCUCAGUGCAGAACCUGUGGCUCUCACAUGGGCUGGAAGUUCACAGCCACCAAGAAGGACUUGUCUCCACCUCGCUUUUGGGGUCUGACCCGUUCAGCCAUGCUGCCCCGAAUCCCACAGGGGGAGGGCGACGACGGCAGAGAGGGUUCUCGCCUCUUCUGUCUGUGACGUCUGAGACAACGAUUAAAAGAAAAAGAAGAAGAAGAAAAAAAAAGAAACUCACACAAAAGAGCUCUCCAAAGCUUUCCCCGAGCCUGGAUCUCCUGUCAGCGUCUGGCUGCAAAUACUUUACUCUCUAGACAUCGAUGCAUCACAAAUGCUGUCACCUCUGGCAGUAAAUCCAUCACGUUAGUGGAAAGGUCACGGGGCCUUUAAGUGGCACUGUCUGAAGGUUUAUGUGACGACUGCUUUAAUCAGUCCUUUAAACUUGACGGCUUUUUCUUCCAGUGAAAAACGGACGUCUGGUUGAACGGACUGUGAACAUGUGUUUAUCAUCCCAGCAUGCAGCUACUUGUCGACAUGUUUUUGCUGCAGGUUCACACUAACACACCAGGUCUGGGCUUCGUAGCCUCCUGUCCUCCACUGCAGAGGCUGACUGCAUGCAGCUGAUGGAGAAGUAUUCGUGUCAGCCGCUUUAAUUAGUAAACUCCCUGUAAUCUCAGCGGGUGUUCAGAUCCUUUGUGUCAGACAUGGUAUCAGAUCAGAACUGUGCAAUUAAAUGUGUUUUUGUACGCGAGAGGUUUGGAAUUUUAUUUGACGCAACUACUGGCGUGUGGAGAGAGUGUUUCCUUAUCACCUGGUUAGUUUUGAUCUAAACAGACAAAAACAAACUGAUGUUAAUCUGUGUUUUUGGUGAUAGGCUUCAGGAAAAGUGCAUUAGCUCUGCUCACACUAGCCAGGAUCUGAUGAACGUCUGCGCCUCGGGAGCAGACUGUUGUAUAAAAAGGUCACAGCUAAUUAUGAUGGAGAGGCAGAGGAGCGUUUAGCCUCUCCAUUCCUUCUGCUCACGGCGUGUUAGAAACGUGGUGCCUACGCUCCAGCGCCGCGGCCGUGUGGACGAUCCGAGAAGAAGAGGUGAAAAACAGACGCGUGAGAGCCACAGCUGAUUGUUUCAUUUUUUAUUUGUCUUUUUGCAGCAAGGUGCUGUCAGAUGUUUGUAUAUUAUAAAACAACUCGUGUAAUAUGACUGUUGUAGAAUAUAUUUCCUAAGGCUGUUUAUGACACUGAGGAAGAUUAGAAAUCAUUCAUUUCAUUGGUAAACACAGAGUUCAGCUUCAGACAAACAAUCUUGUUUCUAGCUGAUGUUUGCAAAACAAAGGUUUUCUUUUGUGAAAGAUUUCUGUGGUUUUCAUUUUAGUUUUAACUUGUUAGACUCAAAACAAGCUCUCGUGUUUUUCCUCGUUGGUCUGACUUAGAAGAACAAAACAAGUGGCGUAAAAGAUUCUUGAUGGGUCGGGCUAUUUGCUGGAUUAGAAGGCUAAACAAUGCUCACUCCCAUGCUUUUAUACUCUUUCUGCUACUUUUUUAAAUUAGCUCCUUUACCGUCUGUAGCCUUAAUGAAGUUUAAUCCUCUCACAACUAUUUGCCAAUUUAAACAAUUUGGUUAAAAUGUAAAGAAUUCAAAAGGGAUCUGAGUCGUGUGUUUUUGACGAUCAUAUUUCAAAGUGUUGAGUCAUAAUUCUUUAGUUUUAGAUUGUGAGAAUAUUAGAAUAUUAAACAGCGGUUAAUGACAUUCUCUGUGGACCUAACAGGGAAUCCAUGCUGGUAAAUUUUAAGUCAACUGUAGCGAUUAAACGGAUGUUCCAGAGGAAAUCAGUUUCCUGGCUCCUCAGAAGGCCUUUGCUUGUUUUUCUGUCUCAUUUAGUGAAUCAUCGAGUACAAUAAAUAUGCAGGUUACAAACAGA